AGGGUUUUUUAUUUCCUUCUCAGCUGAAUUUGUUUUCCAUCCUUAUUGGAGAAAAAAGUCCCCAGAGACUUGAUGCCUGUGAGGUCAUGAAGCAGGUUAACCAGCCUAAAGGAACGGUUGAAGGAAAUACCCUCCGAAAGGAGAGUGGAACACACCCUUGUAGGAAUUUCCUGAGGUCACGAGCAGACAUUAUAAGCAGGUUGUCCAUGGCCAGAGUAAUCAGUUCAGAGCAGCUGAUUUUCUGAUAUACCUUAAGUGAAGCUUUAAGUAAACUCUCCUAUUGAGCUGAAAAUGACAGGCUUUAAUAGCAUGACCUUUAUCCUGGCUUCUUUGGUGGGGCUGCUGUGCCUCUGCUGCACUUCUGAGGCCCAAAGCAAUCAAGAUUGCUGCCUCUCCUACAUGAGAACUGAGCUACCUCGUCGGACCAUCAAUGGCUACACAGAGCAGUUAUCAAAUGAAGUCUGUGACAUCAGUGCUAUCAUUUUCCACACAAAGGGUGGGUUGAAAGCAUGUGCAAAUCCAGAAGACAACUGGGUGAAGAAACGUCUUCUUUGGCUGAGCAAAAAGCUCAAGAAGAUGUCAAUGUAAGACAGUUUCUGAACUGGAAGUAGACAGAGAGGUGCGCUGCAGAACCUAACCUACGUUAGAAUCGUCUCAUUGUACACUGUUGUGUGCUUGCUAUCUACUUAUUGCUGGCUUCUUUGGAACCAUUGAACUACUGAAGUUGAUUCAUAUUGCAUCACUUGUUUGCUUGACUUAAGCACUGUGUAAAAGUUUCUUUUUCUUUGCAACCAAAUAUAUUACAUGUUUGAUUACUGUGUAAAAUAGAAUAUGAUACAUGUGUAUUGGGUACUGUGUGCCCUACUGGGUUUAAUGUACAGUGUAUUCGUGCACAUUAGCAUAAAUAAAACAGGGUAUUCUGUUCAUUUCA